UCUGCUUACUUUCGGUCAACUUUCGUAUACUCCUUGUCAUUCUGAUUCUACACUAAGUCUGCCUUAAGCGCCUUGCGAUUUGCAUAUCGCAGAGCCUACCAUGAAUGCUUCUAAUGCAGACGUGGGUCACGUGAGUGACGAAGAUGCCAAGUCUAAGGCCAAGCUCAAGGAAACGCGCGCUGAGAUGCUUUCUCGUCAUCAGAAAGAGAUCAAAGAGUUGCAAGGUAAGGAGAUAGCGUUGAAGAAGGCAGCUGCUAAAGGUAGCAAGGCCGAGCAAAAGGCCAAGAAGAAAGCUGCCGAAGAUGAGAUAGUCAAGUUAGAUGCUGUGAUGAAGGCUCGCCAAGCCAAGGAGCUCGCUUCUAUGGGUUUUCAAGGUGAUGAAAAGGAGCAGGUUGCCAGUAUAGACACUUUGGUGAAGGCUAUUGCAGGGGUGACCACCAGUGGAGCCCCAGAUCACCCAGGGAGGCCUUCCAAGGGUCAAAAAUUCCGAGAGAAGCGUGCCCAACAAGAAGCUCAACGGCAACAAAGGAUUCAAGAGGAGCAAAGUAACCUGGUCAAUGAACGUGAAGUUGAGGAUCAACAGCUGACUAACAAGCUUAAUCCUAUUGGCCUUGGCCUGAAAGAGAUUAAGCCUGAUGGUCACUGCCUAUACCGUGCAGUCGAGGAUCAGCUUGCUCUCCAUCCCAAUGCAUGCCCAUUACUGUCGUACCAGCAACUUCGGGAGCUGGCUGCUUCAUUUAUGCGAUCUCACCCCGAAGAUUUUCUUCCUUUUAUUGGUGGAGACCUGGAACGGGAGAUUGAGGGCAAUGAUCCACAGUCCAAGUUUGAAACUUAUUGCAGGGAGGUCGAAGCAACUGCGUCUUGGGGCGGUCAGCUGGAGCUGGGAGCUUUGGCUCAAGCUUUGAAGAAACAUAUAGUUGUGUAUUCAGCCAAUGGACCUGAUGUAGAAAUGGGUACGGAGUACACGAACGCGGAUCUGAAACUCAGAAUUUCUUACCAUAGACAUGCAUUUGGGUUAGGAGAGCACUACAAUUCAGUAGUUCCCCUACUUCCUCGCUGAUGAAACGUGUUUCUGUGAUCACCAACUUCUUGCGACACCUUGCAUGAAUUAUACCAGCCACCGGUGGAAAAUAGUCACACCAGUCGUUCUCUGUAAACCUGCACUGUGGAUGGGAACUAAAAUCCCAAUUUCAUUGCUUUCAGUUUGACAAGGCUCUGAGCUGUACAGCAUGCUGCUUGGCAGCUUGAGAAAUCAUCUCUCUGGUUGUUAUCUGUUCACUUACCUAGGAAACUUCAUUAAUCUCAGUCGACUUGUAUAAAUUGGCUGUUGCGUUGGCGUCGUGAAACUCAUUGGGUGAGCAUAACAGUGGGAUUUUAACUGUGUAGAAAAGGCAUACUUAAAUAUUAUUUAUAUAUUCAAAUA